UCCCAGACCCGACGCCGCCGCGUCUCAACUCCCUGGUCAUUAUAUAAAAACACUCGGAGGCUCUUUCCUCGCCUCUGGUGUGUCUACACACACAGCGACCAAGGAGGGAGACCAUGGACCUCAGUGCCUUCCUUGGCACACAAGGCUCGGGGUUGGCGCUUGGGCAUCUCCAAUAGGUUGGCAUCAGACGUCUCUCUCUCUCUCUCUCCUUCUUUCUUUCGGAGAGACACGGAGGGAAGAGGACUGCUGCCUCUUCCUCUUCCAUUUCCCCCUUCUUCUCUUUCUUCUUCUUGGCUGGGAAGUUGGAAUUGGAGAAGCCAAACGCGAUGGGAAGGAUGUAACUUCGGAGCGUGGAUUGGGAUAUGGACCAAAGACAGGCAGGCGGACCUCUCUCUCGCUGAGCCAGAAGCCGACUCCGGAAGGUGAGGCGCUCUUGUCCUUUCCUGGAGGGGAGAAAGGGUCUGAGCUUCGGGUUAGGACGGGGUUUGAAGCCCAGCUCAGCUCCGGAGACCUAAGAGACCCAGGGAGAGUCACACCCUCUCGGCUUCCUCUGGCAAACCUCCUCCUGCCAGGAAAACUUGAAGGCGCAGAGCAACAACUGGGAGGAGAGCCCAGGGAUUCUGACUCAGGAAGCGCUCAGGUUACUUACUAUAUACAAGCAAGCCAACCAGUGAGCAAGUGGAGGAAAGGUGCCUAGAUGUGAAAAUAAGAUGGAGCAUAAAGAUCAGCCCUGAAGUAUCUUUCAUGAUCUUCUGGAAUGGAGGGUUUUUCAACCUGAUUUUGUCUACUCACUGAAGGCAAUAAGCAGUUUGUGUAGAUAAGAUGAAUCAGACAAACCUCACAACAGAAGCUACUGUGACUGUCCAGUCCAAGACAGCUACUGAAAACAUGCUUAUUGCCCUGACUCUGUCUGUCAUUACCACCCUAACAAUGCUGCUGAACUCUUCGGUCAUUUCAGCAAUCUGUACAACAAAGAAGCUUCACCAGCCGGCAAACUAUUUAAUAUGCUCAUUGGCUGUUACAGACUUACUUGUUGCUGUUCUGGUCAUGCCCUUGAGCAUCACCUACAUAGUUAUGGAAAGAUGGACACUUGGAUACUUCCUCUGCGAGAUAUGGCUGAGCAUAGACAUGACUUGUUGCACAUGUUCAAUACUUCACCUUUGUGUCAUUGCUUUGGAUCGAUAUUGGGCCAUUACGGAUGCCAUUGAAUAUGCCAGGAAAAGGACUGCCAAGAGAGCUGCAGGUAUGAUUGGCACCGUAUGGACCCUUUCCACUUUCAUCUCCAUGCCUCCUUUGUUUUGGAGGAACCACAACAUAAACAUCAAUUCCAGUGAAUGUCAGAUUCAGCACAACCAUGUGAUCUAUACCAUUUACUCCACAUUUGGAGCAUUUUAUAUCCCUUUGACCCUGAUACUGAUUGUCUAUUAUCGGAUUUAUCACGCUGCAAAGAGUCUUUAUCAAAAGCGUGGCUCAAGCCGACACCUCAGCAGCAGGAGUACAGACAGCCAAAACUCUUUUACCAGUUGUAAGAUCACACAGACGUUCUGUGUGUCCGAUUUCUCCACAUCGGAUCCCACCAUGGAGUUUGACAGAAUGCAUGCCUCAAUGAAGAGCCCUACUUUUGACAACGACCUGGAUUUGGUUGGAGAUCGCCAACAGAUUUCCAGUGUGCGGGAGCGCAAGGCCGCACGCAUCCUUGGCCUUAUUUUAAGUGCGUUCAUUUUGUCUUGGUUACCAUUUUUUAUUAAAGAACUCAUUGUGGGCCUUGGACUUGGCACUGUGUCUACAGAAGUGGCUCACUUUUUGACAUGGUUGGGUUACGUGAAUUCCCUGAUCAAUCCGUUGCUGUACACCAGUUUUAAUGAAGAUUUUAAACUCGCCUUUAAAAAGCUCAUUAAGUGUUGGGAACACUCUUAAAACAACGGCAGAUGGUUUCAAUGUGACUUCCUGGCCUUAAAAUAAGAGAGAGGGAGAAAAUAACUUAACCUAGCAACUCAUUUGGAUUCUUUUGUUUUUAGGCUGGAGAGCACAUAUUAAAAAAGAUUAAUUUAGCUUGUCUUUCUGCUUAAUAUCUCUUUAGCCUGUGAACUUAUCAUGCUGCUUUCUACCUCUAUCUAUUAUGAGUACAUGUAUUUCUAUAUCAUGAGAUUCAAAUACAUUUUAUUACACAGGUUCUUUCAAUUUCCUUUCCCUCCCU